GAGAGAAAGAGAGAGAGAGAGAGAGAUUACAAAAAAAUAGAAAUAAAAAAAAUCCGAAUUUCAUGGUAAAAACCCUUUUCUCCCUUUGCUUUGGUUAGAUCGAGUCUAUUUUCUGCGGACUUGAAAUCGUUUCUCUUCCAAAACGCAAAAGGGUGAGAAAUAUAUUUAAAAAAUAUAUAGAAAACAGCUGUUCUUCUCUUCCCUUUUUUGUCAAUCAGAAAUCGGUUUUGUUUGAAUCGAUUCGAGGAAUCCGAAAGCGAUUUGAGACGGCCCAACGUCUGGGAUUUCGUAAUCGCCGCUUUGUUGGUUUUGAUCGAUGUUUUAGGGAAUUUGGGGAGCUCUUUUUUGGGGGGAUUUUUUAAGGGUUUGGUGGAGUUUGAAGAGGGUUUUUGAUUUUGUCCGAUCAUGAAGGUUUUGGGCGAUUUACUUUCUGGGUUUUCCUUGGUUUCUGAAUUCUGAGGUAGGUUCCGAAGAUCUCCGGAUUCGAGCGAUGGAUGGAUUCAUAGAAGGGAUUUGAAGGUUUUUGAAAGGAGGAGAGGGGGAGGGGGAUGCUCUCUGUGGGGAGUAGGAAUGAGAGGAAGGUUUUAGGAUUCUGUGUUAGAGGAGAGAUGGAGGAGAACGAGCUUGAAGAAGGCGAGGCUUUUUAUCAGGAUGAUGAUGAUGCUUUUGUUGACGACGAUGUCGCACUCUCUUCCCUCUCUUACAUUGAAGAGAAACUUCAAGAUGUCUUGGGGCAUUUUCAGAAAGAUUUUGAAGGCGGAGUUUCUGCUGAAAACUUGGGGGCAAAGUUUGGUGGAUAUGGUUCAUUUUUACCUACUUGUCCACGCUCUCCUUCGAUCUGGUCUCACGAAUCUCAUCCCAGGACAUCACCGAAGGUGCAGGCAUCUACUGCCGCGAUGUCCCCUAACAACCUUCCGUUAGAGGGUGCACGUCAGAACCUUACAGUUACAGCAAAUGCAUCACACUCUGUCAGGGUUGUUCCUGCUUCUAGUAGUAUCCAACCUGCUCCUAUAGCACCACAUGUGGACAAGUUGGCCAAAAGAGACACGCUUCUGUCCGCUGCACAUGGUGCUGGGGAGUUUAUUCCCAAGCAAGAACACAAGAACAGAUCUGUUAAUGACCGGAAGAUGCCAACAUCUGGCUCUGACAAUGUUUCAGCUAGAAAUAAUGCCGCAAUUUACACUGGUCUAGGCCUUGAUAUUUCUCCAUCUUCAUCACCAGAGGAUUUCCUUGACGAGAGCGGAGGACUGUCAUCCGAACUUCGAGGAAUUGCUCAUGAAUCUCCGAGGACCAUACUUGAGCAGAUAAUGACAUCUUUUCCGGUUCCUGGGGGAUGUAUGCUUUCGCCUAUACCUGAAAGUCUGCUGCGCUUGACUGAAAGAUCUCUUCUAAAAGACAGUAAAGCUGGGACUGCUCGCAAGGCGAUCCAGGAAGUUCCAACCAUGUUUACAGAUGAGCUUCCGCCUCUAACAGAAAUGAAAGGUUUUGGAGAAAUGAAAAUGAAGCCUGUCGAGAAAAAUGGGAGGCCCAUGGUCAUGAAGAUUGUGAAUGCUAUUGACUUGGGAAAUGACAUGAGUGACCCUUUGAAGAAGGAAAUAGACAAUGAGAACCUGGCAGGCAGAGAAAUGGCUUCUAAUGCCUUGAAGGUUCCGCUCCCAUCAAGAGGCACUGCUGAAAAAAUAGAAAAGCAGAUGAAUGUUGAUAGAGGAGGACUUACCAAUAGAGGAUUGGAUCCUUUCAGGGAUCCCAAUAACGGCACAACAAGGGAUAGAACCUUCUCAUCUGAUGCAGUGAAAGAAGAAGCCUUAGAGUCAACUGCUGUCCAGGACACUAACAGGGGUCACAAUAUGGGGAAUGAGUCAGUCCCUCCGAAAGGGAAGCUGAAUAAGAAUACAAUUCCAGAGGACAAAGUGUUGGAAGAAAAGAAAACUACUAGUCAUAAGGAUCUCUCCCUUGAUCCAAAGAACGAUGGCAGAGAUAAAGGGGAGAAAACAAUUGAGAAAGUUGAUUAUGAUGGAUUCAAGGGGAGGAAAGAUCAUAGCAGUGGAUCUUUAGGGCCCCCUGGACAGAAAGCUGACCAGAAAGCUACACAAUACGAGCAAGAUGGAGUGAAGAUGUCAAGAAAAAAGGAUGGAAAAAAGAAACUAAAGGGACACAAAAGUAAUGGGGCUUUGCCUGGAGAGUUGCAGAAAGAUAAGGAGGGAUCACGAUCCAGAGAUUCUAUUUCAGAAAAUAAGAUUGAUGUUGCAAAAUCACACAAGGAGUCAAGUAAGAGUGGUGGCAGAGAAAGUCAGAGCAACUUUCCGAGAGAAGUAAAAGCUGAACAAGCGGAGAACAAAACGGGUCCAUUGGAGAAGCAUUUCAAAGGUAAGCCAAAAGACCAGAAGGUCAGGAUUGAGAAGGAAACCCUUGCACUCGCUGAUAAAUCGAAGGAGAGGUCAGCUGGUAAAAAGAUUGAAAAUCCAUCAACAUCUGAGGCAUGUGCUAAGGCUUCCGCGGCUACUCCUUUGACAGGAAAUGGGCCAACUUCUGAUGCAGUUCCCGCACUGGCAGGGCCUCCCGUAUUAGAUAAUUGGGUCUGUUGUGACAGGUGCCAGACAUGGCGUCUCUUACCAUUUGGGAUGAAUUCUGAAGACCUCCCCGAGAAGUGGAUCUGUAGCAUGAUUACCUGGCUGCCUGGAAUGAACAGUUGUACUUUCAGCGAAGAAGAGACCACGAAAGCUCUAAAUGCAUUGUAUGUACCUGUACCUGUACCUGAGAGUCAAAAUAAUAUUCAUGGUCAGUACAAUGUAUCUGCUUCAGGCAUGGUCUUGGCUGACAUGCGGCAUCUUGACCAAAGUCAUGAACUUGGUUCACAUGCCAUGCCAAGUGCCGGAAAGAAGAAGCAUGCAUUAAAGGACAUGCCAAGUGCACCAAGCCAUGUAAGUCUGACUCACAUUCCAAUCUCCAACAAAAAGAACCAACAGGCCGCUGCCAAGAGCAUUAGUUUAAAUGAUGUGAACCAGCCUCCAAGUAAGUCGAAUGACUUUGCAGCAGAAAAACCCCGGCAUAAACAAAAAGAGAAGAGCAAACUGCCUGAGUGCUACUCAGAUGGAGGUGGUUAUAUGGAACAAGGUGUCAAACACUCGAAAGGCAAAGGCAAGAGGGAUGCUGAUCGAGAUGAUUUUAUGACUUCUAAGAAAAUUAAGGCGGAAGGUUCACGCUAUACUGAUGAAGAUCGUCUCUCUGACCACGGCAUGGCAGGAAAGGCUUUUCUGAACUCGAGUAAUUGCAUGCUAAUUAAGGUAAAUGGAAAGAAUUCACAGAAACAUAGUGAUUCCUCUUCGGCCAAAGAAUUAAAGGGAAGCAUGAGGGAUGAUUUACAAUCUGUGGGGAAGAAGGCAAAAACCCAAGUUCAGGUUCCUUUGGAUGGUGAAUUCAAAUCGCAAUUUGGGGGAUCAAAUAUGGGAAGGUCUCAUAACACGGACUUUGCGGUGAAGAAGAGGAAAGUGAAAGAGUGGCAGGAGAGUCAGGAUCCGGGAACCCUCGUGACUAAUGGGAACCUCACAGACAGUGGCGUUUCUUUAAAAGAGGAAAUCAGUGAAACUGAGCUUAGGAAGGCAAAGAAGGGCAAAAUAUCAAAAUCAGAGGGAAAGGAGUCUGCUAAAAAUAAAGCUGAUGGUACUGCAGACAAGAAAGGUAGGGUAGGCAAGAUCGUGUUAUCUAGUAGAGGCCGCCUAGUUGAUGGAAUGGAAGAGGAAAGCCGAGGUGGUGUCGGGAAGGGGCUCCAACCGGCGCAAUACCAAGGGAAUGCAGCAUCCCAACGUAUUUUGGAUGGUAUGGAUUCAUUGAAAAGGGAUUUGGGUUAUCCCCCGACUUCAAUGGCAGCUACUUCAAGCUCUUCAAAGGUUUCAGGCUCCCGUAAAAGUAAAGCCGGCUGUCAGGAAAUGAGAGGUUCUCCUGUAGAGUCAGUUUCUUCAUCUCCUUUCAGGGUUUCCAAUAUGGACAAGCUUACAACUGAAAGACCAAUGGAGAAAGACAGUGCAUUAAAUGCAGGUUUCUCUGGCAUGGGUAGCCCAAGACGAUGCUUAGAUGGCGAAGGUUAUGGUGGAACUGAUCGAUCUGGUAUAGUAAGGAAGGAGCAACCUUCUCCUUUAGUCCGCCAUGGGUCUCUAGAGAAUCGAAGGGCCGUGGAGGCUUCAGUGCUGUAUGAUUGUCAGGAUGGGGAUGCUAAUCAAACAUCUGGCGGCAAAGCCAACGUUGGUAUGCUUUCAAAGGCAUCCUGUGGUGCUACUGAAUUUGAAAACGCCAAUGUGGUGAAUAGUGGUGCUGGUACCAUUCACCAACACAACCCAUAUCUUACUGAAGUGCGGGUUAAUGCUUCCGCUGACAAUGACUUGAAAUUACCAAACCAUCAUGACCGUGCCAAUGGGUCUGGUCAGCGGAAGCCAGAUAAAGGCUCUUCACGAUCUAGAGAUGGACAAAGAAGUAUUGAAUCUGAUUUUGAUAAAGCUAACACUAAGGAUUCCGAUUAUUUCAAUGAUCAAGAGGAACCAUUUCCUAGAAAGAAUGCUGGUAGCUUCCAGUAUGAGGCCAAUGUCGAAUCUCGUGAUCAUUCUCCUUACCAUGAAGAUCUGAGGGAUGGAAAAUUCAAAUCUAACGAAAGCUGUGGCAUUAAAUCCUGUCAUUUCUCAGAUAAGAAAGACUCCACAAAAAAAUGGUCAAGUGAAGGCAGGAGAGAUAAUCAGUCGAAAUUUGGAGUUCAUGAAAAGCUAGACGGAAGGUCAGCUGCUGUCUGCAGCAAGGAUGGAAGGUCCAAUCUACAGCAAAACCUGCCGCAAGUAAAUUCUCGUGAAGAUGAAAAAUUACCUAAUGGAUUUCUUUCCAGUGGAACUGAUCAGGCAGAAAUGGUGCCAGGGAGAGGACAAGUGCAAUCAUUCCCGCCAUCGGGAGACAAGCAUGCAACACAGGGCCAGUGUCCACCGGCAACAUCCCAUAAAGAAAGCAGAUCAGAUGCAUUGCCUGUUGAUGCUUCUAAUGGUGAUUCAUUGAAGAUGCCAAAACAGCCAAGAAAGCCUGACAACCCAAACGGAGCAAGGCACUCUACUCCUAAUGGGUUUGCAGGCAGGGAUCAAGCUGCUGCGAGUGCUAUUAGAGAAGCUAAGGAUAUAAAACAUUCUGCCAAUCGCUUACUGGAUAAAGGCCAAGAACUUGAAAGCACCGACCUAUAUUUUCAGGCAUCCUUGAAGUUUCUUCAUGCAGCGUCGCUUUUGGAAACGUGCAAUGUUGAAAGUGCCAAACAUGGGGAAACAACCUAUUCCAUGAAGAUGUAUUCUGAGACUGCAAAGCUCUGCGAAUUUUGUGCACAUAAAUACGAGAGGUUAAAGGAAAUGGCUGCUGCUGCGUUAGCAUACAAAUGCAUGGAAGUGGCACACAUGAGGGUUAUUUAUUGCAAACAUUAUAUUGCAAGUAAAGAUUGGCAUGAGCUGCAUACACCGUUACAAGUUGGUCCACCAGGUGAGUCUCCAUCAUCGUCUGCGUCUGAUGUGGAUAACUUAAAUAAUCAGGCCGUGUUAGACAGGGCUGCUUCAGCCAAGGGAGUUAUUUCUCCACAAACAUCUGGAAACCAUGUUAUCCCCGCUCGCAAUCGUCCCAACUUCGAAAGGAUACUAAAAUUUACUCGGGAUGUAGAUUUAGCCAUGGAAGCUUUGAGGAGAUGGCAGAAUGCUUUUGCGUCUGCAAAUGUAGGCACGGAAGAGUCACGCUAUGGGCUCGAGGGCAUCUCAUCUGUCAAAAGAGUUCUUGAUUUCAGCUUCCACGACGUCAUGGGAUUACUACGUCUCGUACGGCUUGCAACGGAGGCAAUCGGCCGUUAAAAUCCCAGCGUAGAGCUAAUAUCAUCCCUGUGAAUAGAUCAUAUUUCUCUGGCUUCUUUCCUCAUGUGUGCGGGGGCCAUAGGGGGUGGAAAAGAUGCUGAAGCGGUCCAAAUACAUGAUUCUUCUUCAAGAAGACAUUGGUUAUGACUAGGCUUGGUUCCUUUUCUGUACACUCUGUAAAAAAAAAAAAAAAAAGAAGAAAGAUCGGCUUGCUGGUUUUUUGUAUAGUAUUCUUUGGCUCGGCUGUUUCCAACACGCGCAAGGGUGUUGUAUUUUUGACUAGUAAGUUUCAAAGAAUGGGAUGAACUGGGUCUUUUCAAGUCA